CACAGAAAAACAAAAAGAAAAUGUGAGAGAGAAUUCAAUUCAAUAUAUUAACUAACAGAUUCCAAUUUUCCAAACCUCAACUACCAUUCCAUAUUUCCAUUCUUCCAACCAACAACACUUCCUUCUAUUUUCCACCGGAGAACGGAAAGAAAAUGGCCAGAAACGGCGAGGUAGAGGAAGAGGAAGAGGAAGAGAAUCUCGUCGCCACCGCCACAACCACCGGAACGAGAGCCAGAACAGACCCGUUCUUAGUAACCUGCAAGUGCUUCAGCGUCAUCACCUCUUUGGCUGCCAUUCUCUGCAUCGCCGUCAAUGUCCUCUCCGCUGUUCGUUCCUUCAAAAACGCAUCUGAUAUUUUCGAUGGUAUUUUUCGCUGUUACGCGGUUGUGAUUGCAGCUUUCGUUGUCCUCGCUGAGACUGAGUGGAGUUUCAUCAUCAAAUUCUCUCAGGUUUUGGAGUAUUGGGCUGCAAGGGGCAUGCUGCAAAUCUUUGUUGGAGUCAUGACAAGGGCUUUCCCUGACUAUACUAGGGCGCGCGAGUGGAUUAUUCUUCUUCAGAACAUAGCGAGCUAUUUGCUUCUUGCAUGUGGCUUUGUUUAUCUUAUUUCAGGAGUCCUGUGCAUUGGUUUUCUUAAACGUGCUCGUCAGAAGCAGGCAAUUACAACAGAGCAAGCAGCCAAGGAUUUGGAGGAAUUGGAACGGCGCAAAGCGGAACUUGAACAACUACUCCUUGCAGAAAGAGUUUAAAACUGUAUCUUUUUGAAAUAAGUUGUGCUGCCUGCUGAAAUUGAUCCAUCGCAAAGAUUCACCUACGAAUAUGUUUAUGACAUUGUCGAUUGUUUGUUCAUUCUUUGUAGCUAUGUAAUUUUGUUAUUUCAGGAUAGGGUAUGAGCCUAUUUUUGUAAAUAUACUACGUAAUAUUUGUUUGCAACUUUUGUUAGAUGACAGACUCAUCACUCUAUAAAACAGUUCACAGUACAUCAGCAUGGAAAUUGUUUUUACUUGGUUGAAAUCUAAAUACUCAAAUUUUUAA